UUCGUUACCUAAAUAUCGAUUCAUCUCGAUUCAGAUCUAGAAUCGCGAUUAGGUUCAUAGAAUAAACGAUAAAGUUCUUACCGUUCCUUUUCUUUUCCUCUAUACUCGUUGCUUUCUCAAUUUAUGUAUGUAUAAUGUACAUAUACAUAACUGUACUUUGAACGUUCCUACGAAUUUUGUGAUAGAAUUACGCAUCGACAACACUAAUACGGAAUAAUGUGUAGUAAAAAAAGUUACAUAAAAAGGUUGACAAAACUAAUAUUAGAAAAUCGCAAAAAAGCAAUAAAUGUGCAAACAUAUUCGAUAAAAAAGAGACAAGAUGGACAAAUUAAAUAUUCGCAGUGAUAUGAGAUAGAAACACAAUCUAAGCAAUGUGUACAUUUAUCUUCUUUCGAAUGGAACUCAUCAUUUAUUACAAAGAUAAGCUCUUUCAAUAAUUUAUUUAAUUUAUUACGGAUUUAGAUAUUCCAAAUAAUUUUAAUUUUUCAAUAAUCAAUAAUAAAAUGAACAAUACGAAAAUUCUGAUUUUUUACAAUCAAUUUCCAAACUUUUUAUUUAUUACAAUUAUUGCAGUCUACAACAAAAAAUUUACAUCUCUAGGAACUCGAUAUAAUCUUACUUCUUCAAUAAUAAACAAUACGAACAUUUUGAUUUUUGUUCCAAUUAAUUUCGAGACGGACGAUUUCUCCGCACACUUCGCCGUGAAUGCGAUUUUAGAUCUGGACAAACGAAACAAUGUAAUCGAAAGCGAAGUGUAAAAAAGACGAAGUAAGGAAGGCAGAGGUUGAAAAAAGAAUGGCCAGCCCGCGGACGAACACGAGGCAGACUGAAAUUUCUAGCACGCACGAUUUCCGAUGUUCUAUAGACUCUCUGUUCAUUUCUCUGUUCCGUACUAUUUUUGGCGCGUGCAUAGGUAUGGAGACGUUUAGGCGAUUUCACAGUAAUAGAAGCCGAGCUAACAGAUGCAAUUGCGCAAAUCGUUUUGCCGGUAUAUCGCUCGAGAUCGACGGCUGUACAAGCCUCAGAUCGAAGAAUCGCGUCUGAAUUUGGGAGUGAAGCUUGGCACGCGUCGCUAUCUUUAUUCUGUACAUGAUAGAACAUAAUUUUUGAUAAAUUUAAUGUUUUAUGCGAAUAAAAUGAAAUGAAAGUCAGUGUCACGAAAAAUAGGCCGUUGAGAGUUUACAGUACUUAGCACCGGGGAAAAUAAAAAAAGAAUGAGCAGGAUGCCACAACGCCUGAAAAGUGCGUCCAACGUAAACAAAACGCAGAUCAAGGAAGAAGCUUCCACAUCGUCCGUUCUUGCCGGAAAUUCUAGCGAUGAUGAUCCAAACGUAGCCGAAGUUGUACUAUCGAAUAAAGGCGGGCCAAAAUUAAUUCACCACGGUUACAUGUAUACAUUGCACAAGAAGCAACCGUACAAUAUCCGAUGGAGAUGUGUUCGCAGAACUAUGCAUUGUAGAGGUAGUCUUAUCACUACCACGAGUUGGACGAAGCCAAGGGUGCGUAUGGAGCACAAUCAUAAGCCAGAUUUCGCGGCCGUUCAGGUUGCCAGGAAACGGUACUUGGCUCUUGGCAAACCUAGCGUGUUAACAAACGUAGAAGGAAAUACUGUCAAGUCUAUGAACGUACCACGAGUGCUUCACAAGGAGAAUAAUGUACCAGAACAGAAAGGUAGGAGACCGAAGACGCGAGCUACAGCCAGGAAAAUACUACAAUCACCUCAGACCAAUUCAACUGGCAAGACUAUAAGAAUAGCAGCGCAGUCCUUGGUAAGAUCUCAUAUUAGAAAUAUUGCACCAGCACCUAUAUCACAGCAACAACAGCAACAGCAGCAACGACAACCAAAGACUCUUGUGUUAAAAACAAUACCCUUAAAAGUAAAGCAGGUUGCACCUACAACCAUUAAAAUGCCACCCCGACAGAUAAAUCAGGGAGUGCCUCAUAAUAUCGUACACCAACAGCCUACAGAGGUUUGUUUAAGAUGGAACAGUUAUCACAGCAACAUGCAGAAUAGUUUCCCAUCUUUAUUGGAUUCUGAACAGUUCGUCGAUGUCACCCUGGCCUGCGAAGGCCGCUCGUUGAAAUGUCAUAAAAUGAUACUGUCAGCAUGCAGCGAUUAUCUCGCGGAUCUAUUACGCGAAAACCCAUGUCAGCAUCCGAUCAUUUUAAUGAAGGAUCUUAAAUUUUGGGAGGUAGAAGCACUAGUCAAAUUCAUGUACCGCGGAGAAGUAAACGUCGCCCACGAUAAACUGCCACAAUUGUUGAACGCAGCUGAGGCUUUACAAGUAAAAGGAUUAGCCGGUCCAAAUCCUUCUUCACGGAAUCCAAAGCCACCUUUACUUAUUCCUCAAUCGAAACCACCGGUAGUAUCUCAACAAGUUCCUCGAGGCGCUUCAGAGACCAAAGAGAAACCUUCCACUUCUGGAGUUUCUACGCCUUCUAGUCCUAAACGCGCGCAAAAACGGCAACACUCGGAACCGAUCGAGCCAAAACCCUUUACAAAGAUACGCUUACAACGACCUGCUACACCGUCUCAGAUUACUACGGUUAAGUUGGAACCCCUAGAUAUUCCUCUCAGUCCUACGGAGAUGUUCUCCGAAAAUAACGAGGACAGUUCAACUCCGUCGAAUUUUGACAAACUCAUGAGUUUACACGAGGAAGAUGAUCCAGGUGGCAACGAGGCUACCGAUGGCGAAAGAGAAAUUCAUUUCUGCGAGAUAUCCGACCCACCCGAUAUAAACGAUAGCGAGGAUCAAAUGGAAUUUGUACCUACGGACUUUUUAGAACAAGAACAAGACAUAGUCGAAGAAACGGAUACAGCCUCGAACAAAGAUUGCAAAGAAGAAGAAUCUAGGGAGGACUAUAGCUCUGUUGAACUCGAGAUCGGUGAAGGAGACGGAGUCGAAUGUUCAAAAGAAAAGAAGCCGGUUUAGUGAGAUGUUCUGUAUUCAGUAUUUGGUUUGUUUGAUGGAAAUGGAGUAAGAUUGUCGUUUCGGAUUUUUAACAAAUUCUUGGAAUUAUCCAGUAUUGCCACGAGACUUUUGUUUUGUUAAUCAAGUAUUGUUUUCAAUGGUUUCCUCUUUUCUUCGAAAUUAAUGCAAGAGAGAAUAAUGUAUAUAUACAUAUAUCUACAUAUUAUUUUUGUGAUAGUGUUUUAUGAGAUCUAUCGUCGCAUUAAAUCAUUAUGCAAUAUAUGCAAUUUUAACUUUAUUUGUUUAAUCAGACGGAACGCAACAUGAAGUUAUACAUAUAUCGAGAUUUUACCGUUUGUUCUCAGAGUAAUAUGACAUAUAUUUCAUCGACAUUGUAAAUAGAACGUAAACGAUAAAAAGUAAAACUAUUUUUAUCACUUACUGUAUGAAUCGUAGCGGCUACGUAUACCUUUCGAGUAUUUUCUUCAAGUUCACUGUUCGAAACUGAUAUUUCUAUACAAACAACUAUGCCAGAAAGUAUGAGAGAGAUAUUUAAGUGAACAUUAUUAAUUAAUUACACAUAUUUACAAGAGUACCUAUAACUACUUUUCUUGCAUAGUUUUUAGAAAUUUGAAUACGAUAUAUGACUUCUACGUUGUUAAACAAUUUUAAUUUAUUUGUUGAACAAAAACUUUUAUAUUAUACUUUUUUAAAUCGUAGAUCGAUUUCAUUAAUCAAGUAGAAAUUGGUCGAUUAUUUUAAAUUCGAAUGAUAUUUGAAUCUGAUGAAAAUCACUUUGAAUCAUUAAUGAACAUUCGGAGAUUACCUAUUCCUAUUUUAAUCACAAAUGUGCUAACAGCAUAAAAGAGAUAUAGCUUCUUAAAAAAAAAGUUGUACCUGUUAACUUUCAUGGUCGUUCGCAGUAUAAUAUAAUGAUAAACAGUACAACGGGUUAAUAUUUUUUGUUAUUUGUAUUGUAUGAAAUUUGUUUAUUUUAAUAAUAUCCUUUUAAAUAUGUACGUAGGCAUUAUAUGGAAUAAGAUGUCUGAAUUUACUAAUACAUCAAUGAAAAUCAAAUACAUUCAUGCGUUAAUCGUAAAAAUUCAUUAUUAUUAAAUAAAAUUGCAAAAUUAAUAAAGUGAUAACUCGA